GGGCAGAAAAAGCUUUCACAUUUGGCAACCAAGGAAACACAAAAUUCGUAAUUCUUCCGGAGAAUCCAAUCCGACUGCCCUCAAUCAAGAGAUGCGCAGUGGGUUAUGGGUAGAACCAAUUCCCGCCAAACCCCAAAACCCUAACAUCUUUGUUCGUUAUUAAAACCCUGCUCCCUUAAAAAACAGUUGCAGCAGGGAGCCCAACGCCUCCACCACUCCAAAAACCAAAACCCUAGAAAACCCUGCACCAUGGAUGCUCAGCCCCCCAAUUCCGACCUGGUUCUCAUCCUAGACUUCGGUUCUCAGUACACCCACCUCAUCACCCGCCGCAUCAGAAGCCUCUCCAUCUUCUCUCUCUGCAUCUCCGGCACCUCCCCCCUCAAGGCCAUCGUCGACCUCGACCCAAAAGUCAUCAUCCUCUCCGGCGGCCCCCACUCGGUCCACUCCUCCGACGCCCCAACCUUUCCUCCGGGGUUCGUUGAGUACGUGGAGACGAAAGGCGUGUUUGUUCUGGGCAUAUGCUACGGGCUACAGCUGGUUGUGCAGAGUCUUGGUGGGGAUGUGAGGGUUGGGGAGAAGCAGGAGUAUGGGAGGAUGGAGAUUGAGGUGGAGAGGGUUGAUGGGUUGUUUGGCAAGAAGAUGGUCGGUGAUAGGCAGGUUGUGUGGAUGAGCCAUGGCGAUGAGGUAGUGAGAUUGCCUGAUGGGUUCUCGGUGGUUGCACGUAGCCACCAGGGGGCAGUUGCCGCGGUGGAGAACCCAUUGCGGAGGUUUUAUGGGCUUCAAUAUCACCCGGAGGUGACACAUUCACCAGAAGGGAUGGAAACACUGCAGUAUUUCCUCCUUGAUAUUUGUGAAGUCUCUGCUGGCUGGAAGAUGGAAGAUGUAAUGGAUCAAGAAAUUAAAUUGAUCAAAAGCAUGGUGGGACCUGAGGAUCAUGUCAUUUGUGCAUUGUCUGGGGGUGUGGAUUCCACGGUUGCUGCAACUCUUGUUCAUAAAGCAAUUGGAGACAGGCUACACUGUGUUUUUGUUGACAAUGGUCUAUUAAGGUAUAAGGAGAGAGAGCGCGUUAUGGAAACCUUUGAAAGGGACCUUCAUUUACCAGUUACAUGUGUCGAUGCUACAGAUCAGUUUCUUAUGAAGCUGAAAGGAGUGGUAGACCCCGAGACAAAAAGGAAAAUAAUUGGAAAGGAGUUUAUAUGCAUUUUUGAUGUGUUUGCCCAGGAUUUGGAGCAUAAGUUAGGUAAAAAACCUGCUUACUUGGUCCAAGGAACCUUGUAUCCAGAUGUCAUUGAAUCAUGCCCGCCACCAGGAAGUGGAAGAAAUCAUUCCCAUACAAUCAAGAGCCAUCAUAAUGUUGGAGGGCUUCCCAAGGACAUGAAACUAAAGCUCAUUGAACCACUUAAACUUUUAUUCAAGGAUGAGGUUCGUGAAUUAGGGAGGAUCCUGAGUGUUCCUGAGGCAUUUCUGAAGCGCCACCCCUUCCCUGGGCCUGGGCUUGCUGUACGUGUAUUGGGUGAUGUCACUCAAGGAAAUGCCUUGGAUAUCCUCCGCCAGGUUGAUGAGAUCUUCAUUCAAUCAAUAAGGGAUGCUGGGAUCUAUGAUUCCAUCUGGCAAGCUUUUGCAGUGUUUUUGCCAGUAAGAUCCGUUGGCGUACAAGGUGAUCAGAGGACACAUUCUCAUGUUGUUGCUCUCAGAGCUGUUACCAGUCAAGAUGGAAUGACAGCAGACUGGUAUUAUUUUGAGCACAAGUUCCUUGAUGACGUGGCCCGGAAAAUUUGUAACAGUGUUCGAGGUGUGAACCGAGUUGUUCAAGACAUUACAUCAAAGCCGCCUUCAACAAUUGAAUGGGAAUGAUGCCAUGCUGGAUGCUUAUAGCUUGAGAGUAAGGAAUCUGUGCUUUUGAAUGAGCCAAGUCAACUGUUUAUAUUUGCAUCAGUUUGUUCCCACUGCGUGAAAACCAGUUGGAUUGGCAAGAAGGAAGUUGAUUCAUGUGCGAAUUCAUUAUUUGAUGCUUGGGAUUUACCCAGUGGUAAUGAUUCUUUUUUAUGGUCAACGUGAUAAACUUCUCCAGGAAGACCUAUAAAGAUUAAUUGAGAUUCUAUUUACCUGUCUUCAUUGUUUUUUAAUUUUUGAUGAAUCAAGGAGUUUCUGUUGUUUUCAUCCUUUUGUAUAUAUAUAUAUGUAUGAUAAGUUUAUGGCACUGUUUGAGAAGUUUAUUUUACCAGAUUGAUGUUUUUUCAUGGACUUAAUCAAAGUAUGAAAUUGUGUUUGC